AUGUCAUCAUCAUCAUCAUCAUCAUCAUCAUCAUCAUCAUCAUCAUCAUCAUCAUCAUCAUCAUCAUCAUCAUCAUCAUCAUCAUCAUCAUCAUCAUCAUCAUCAUCAUCAUCAUCAUCAUCAUUACCGUCACAUACAUAUGUAGACAAACACUCAAACAAACUAUCUGUAUCCAAUUUCGUUCUGUUCUUUGGUUUACAUGUUAGCUCAUGA